UCUGCGGGCCCAGGACCGGCUGCGGACACGCUGGGGGUCAGGAGAGGAGCCCCCGGCCCGGCCCGGCCCGGCCCGGACUGAUGAAAUAGCGGGAAAAGCCGGCCUCGCCCCACCGUGGCGGCCCCUGGAGAGAGGCCCCCUGGAAAGACAUCCCAAAGGCCGAGAAGUGGUCUGACUCAAGCCGGGAUCCCCAGCCCGUUCCUGCCACCAUGAACGACGUCACGAUUGUCAAGGAAGGCUGGUUGCACAAGCGAGGAGAAUACAUCAAAACGUGGAGGCCGAGAUAUUUUCUGCUGAAGAAUGACGGGACCUUCAUUGGCUACAAAGAGCGGCCGCAAGACGUGGACCAGCGAGAGUCUCCCUUGAACAACUUCUCUGUGGCCCAAUGCCAGCUGAUGAAGACGGAGCGCCCCAAGCCCAACACCUUCAUCAUCAGAUGUCUGCAGUGGACCACGGUCAUCGAGAGAACCUUCCAUGUGGAGACCCCCGAAGAGAGGGAAGAAUGGACCCGGGCUAUUCAGACGGUGGCGGACAGCCUCAAGAAGCAAGAGGAGGAAUUGAUGGAUUUCAGGUCCGGGUCUCCCAGCGACAAUUCCGGGGCCGAGGAAAUGGAGGUGUCGACGACGAAGCCUAAACAUAAAGUGACCAUGAAUGAAUUCGAGUACCUGAAGCUGCUGGGGAAAGGCACCUUUGGCAAGGUCAUCCUGGUGAAGGAGAAAGCCACCGGGCGCUACUACGCCAUGAAAAUACUGAAGAAGGAGGUCAUCGUGGCCAAGGAUGAGGUGGCGCACACGUUGACGGAGAAUCGAGUCCUGCAGAACUCCAGGCACCCGUUCCUCACCGCUUUAAAAUAUUCUUUCCAGACCCAUGAUCGCUUGUGCUUUGUGAUGGAGUAUGCUAAUGGUGGAGAGUUGUUUUUCCACCUAUCAAGAGAGCGGGUGUUUUCUGAAGACCGGGCUCGAUUUUAUGGCGCCGAGAUUGUAUCGGCCCUGGAUUAUCUCCAUUCAGAGAAGAAUGUGGUUUAUAGAGACUUAAAGCUGGAAAACCUGAUGCUGGACAAAGACGGCCACAUCAAGAUCACCGACUUCGGGCUCUGCAAGGAAGGCAUCAAGGAUGGAGCGACGAUGAAGACGUUCUGCGGCACGCCCGAAUAUCUGGCCCCCGAGGUGCUGGAGGACAACGACUACGGACGUGCGGUGGACUGGUGGGGCCUGGGCGUGGUGAUGUACGAGAUGAUGUGCGGCCGGCUGCCUUUCUACAACCAGGACCACGAGAAGCUCUUCGAGCUGAUCCUCAUGGAGGAGAUCCGCUUCCCCCGCACCCUGUCGCCCGAGGCCAAAUCGCUCCUGUCUGGGCUGCUGAAGAAAGACCCGAAGCAAAGGUUAGGGGGCGGUCCGGAUGACGCCAAAGAGAUUAUGCAACACAAGUUCUUUGCUGGCAUCGAGUGGCAUGACGUCUAUGAGAAGAAGCUCAUCCCCCCGUUUAAGCCGCAAGUCACGUCAGAAACUGACACAAGGUAUUUUGAUGAAGAAUUCACAGCCCAGAUGAUCACAAUCACCCCACCCGACCAAGACGACAACAUGGAAUGUGUCGACAAUGAGCGACGCCCACAUUUUCCUCAGUUCUCCUACUCGGCCAGUGGAACCGCUUAACGUUUUGCCAUUUUUGUUCGUGCGAGAAACAAAACAAACAAUUUUUUUUAAAAAAAACAACAGACUGUAUUUGGGGGCCUUACUGCAACGGACACUAGAGAACUUUUUGGGUUUUCUGAAUCACAAACUAUGUUUGUGCGACGGUCUAGAUUUAAAAGAAAAAACAUUUU